AUGGCAGCGGCCGUCUCUGGUUUUAAUAGAUCAAGACAUGGCUCAAAAUCCAGUGCCCAGAUAGAUCAAGGCGUUAUGCAGGUGGAAGCCUGGGAGGAUGAUGAGCAGAGCACCAAGCUGGCAGAAAUCCUUGAGCUUCUUUUGGCUGCUGGAUAUUUUAGAUCCCGAAUCAAGGGACUCUCACCUUUUGAUAAGGUGGUUGGCGGUAUGACCUGGUGCAUCACCACCUGUAACUAUGACAUUGACAUCGAUCUUCUUUUUCAAGAAAAUUUGACCAUUGGUCAGAAAAUAGCUUUGACUGAGAAAAUAGUGUCUGUGUUACCGAAAAUGAAGUGUCCUCAUCAGCUGGAGCCUCAUCAAAUCCAAGGGCUUGAUUUUAUUCACAUUUUUCCAGUGGUACAGUGGCUAGUGAAACGGGCCAUUGAGACCAGAGAGCAAAUGGGCGACUAUGUGAGAGCCUACUCUAUAUCUCAAUUCCAGAAGACCUAUAGCCUUCCAGAGGAUGAAGAGUUUGAUCAGAGGAGAAGCCAGGCAGUGGGAGCAGUUCUUGAUGUACUGGAUGUAUACAAACCUCAGAGAAAAUACAGAAGGCAAAAGGAGGCAGUGGAACUACUGGAUGAGGAGUGCAAGGUUCACUCUACAUUGCUGGAAUAUGGCAGGCGAUAUGGUCUCAGCAAACAAUCCAAACAAGACAAGAUGAGUGAAAAAACACCUUUGACGCUAAAGGAUUCUGUGGCACAGGUGUCAGAGGAAGAAGCGCAGUGGGUGGCAGAGGAGAUCCGCAUUAAAAGCCUGAUGGACACAAUGGCCACCAUGGGCAAUUUAGAGGGCCAACUAACAGCAAGUGCGGUUGGAUAUAUUGUGGGACAACAGUCUGAGGAGAUCAAACUUAUGGCUUCUGAGUAUGCUGAGAAGCAGUUGGAGGUAUCAGAGGACUUUUCAGAGCGAUAUGGUCAUCUUCACCAACACUUUAGAGCUGUUGCUUCUCUGAACAAACAGAUUCAGCAAAUGCAUAACCAACAUACUGAGCUACAAGCCAAACAUACAGAGGUUAAGCAUGGUUGUGACGAGGCCAAGAUAAAGUUGACUGAGGUUACAGAGCAGUCCGAUACACUGAUGACUGAACUGAUGUUGCUAGAGGAUGUGGAAAGGCAAGCUGACAGCAGCGUACUGGAAAAGCUGAAGUCUUUGGUCACAAUGAACGAAAACUUAAAACUUCAAGAACAGGAGUUCCGUAUACACUGUAAAGAUGAGAUGAUCCGUCUACAACAGGGUAUUGAGGACUUGCGGACAUCAUUUGGACUGGGUAAAGAGGAGGAGAAGGAAAGGAACCAACUGAUUAACAAACAGCAUAAUACAGACAGCGAGAAACUACAGAAGCUCCGUCUGUCAAUGGCUAGGAAGAAUCGUGACAUUGCCAUUUUGCAGAGAAAGAUUGAUGAAGUGCCUUGCAGGGCAGAACUCACACAGUACCAGAAGCGGUUCAUUGAACUUUUUUGCCAAGUUUCUGCAACACACAAGGAGACCAAACAGUUUUUCACUUUGUAUAAUACACUAGAUGACAAGAAAGUUUAUCUCGAAAAGGAGGUCAAUUUGCUGAAUUCCAUUCAUGACAACUUCCAACAAGCUAUGUCAUCUUCAGCAGCAAAAGAACAGUUCCUAAGACAGAUGGAACAGAUAGUGGAAGGAAUCAAACAGAGUCGUAUUAAGAUGGAAAAGAAGAAGCAAGAGAACAAAAUGAGGAGGGAUCAGCUGAAUGACAAAUACCUGGAGCUGCUCGAGCUCCAGAGGCUUUAUUUCAAAACAGUCAAAGACUUUAAAGAGGAAUGUCGAAAGAAUGAGAUGCUGCUGUCCAAGUUGAGAUCGAAAGGAGCAACUUAG